GUAGGCUGCGCGUUGGGGGUGGGAGGGGCGCGGCAUCGCGCCGGGAGCCGCCCCUGUGCCCCUCCGCCCGCCCGCUCUCCCGCCGGUCCCUCCUGCAGCCCCCCUGCUGGGCAGGGCCGGCCCGGCCCGGCCAUGGAGUCCUACGACAUCAUCGCCAACCAGCCCGUGGUCGUCGACAACGGCUCGGGGGUGAUCAAGGCUGGCUUUGCAGGAGACCAGAUUCCCAAAUACUGUUUCCCAAACUAUGUCGGGCGCCCUAAGCACAUGCGGGUGAUGGCUGGAGCCCUGGAGGGGGACCUCUUCAUCGGACCAAAAGCAGAGGAGCACCGGGGUCUGCUGGCCAUCCGCUACCCCAUGGAGCACGGUGUGGUGCGAGACUGGAACGACAUGGAGCGCAUCUGGCAGUACGUCUACUCCAAGGAUCAGCUGCAGACCUUCUCGGAGGAGCAUCCUGUUCUUCUAACGGAAGCUCCGCUCAACCCAAGCAAGAACCGGGAGAAGGCAGCAGAGGUGUUUUUUGAGACCUUCAAUGUGCCUGCCCUGUUUAUCUCCAUGCAGGCCGUGCUCAGCCUGUACGCAACAGGACGCACGACAGGAGUGGUUUUAGACUCGGGGGACGGGGUCACUCACGCUGUCCCCAUCUACGAGGGCUUUGCCAUGCCACACUCCAUCAUGCGGGUGGACAUUGCCGGCCGCGACGUCUCCCGCUAUCUCCGGCUACUGCUACGCAAAGAGGGAGUUGACUUUCACACCUCAGCUGAGUUUGAGGUUGUCCGGACCAUCAAAGAGCGAGCCUGCUACCUGUCCAUCAACCCGCAGAAGGAUGAGGCUCUGGAGACAGAGAAGGUGCAGUACACCUUGCCGGACGGCAGCACCCUGGAUGUGGGGCCAGCGCGAUUCCGGGCCCCCGAGCUGCUCUUCCAGCCGGACCUGAUAGGGGAUGAGAGUGAGGGACUCCAUGAGGUGCUGGCCUUCGCCAUCCACAAGUCCGACAUGGACCUUCGCCGGACGCUGUUUGCCAACAUCGUGCUUUCGGGUGGCUCCACACUUUUCAAAGGUUUCGGCGACCGAUUACUAAGUGAAGUGAAGAAGCUUGCCCCAAAAGAUGUCAAAAUCAAGAUCUCCGCCCCUCAGGAACGGCUGUACUCCACGUGGAUCGGUGGCUCCAUCCUGGCCUCCCUGGACACUUUUAAGAAGAUGUGGGUAUCCAAAAAGGAGUAUGAAGAGGAUGGCUCCCGAGCUAUUCAUCGUAAAACCUUCUAGUGCCCAAGGAGGAGCAUGUAGCAUCUUGGGAGAAUGGGAGAAGAGGGGAGCCAGAGUCCUUAACCAUUCUGGUUUGGGCUCACCUGCUAGGCCUUAGGGUCCCCUGCAUGCCCUGAACCCUGGGCAGGUGGUGCAGUGGUGCUUCCCUGCAGCCCUCCCCUCCACACUCACACACACACGAAAACAUUUAGCUGCAUGGAUGGGAGUCUUGAGCUAGAAUAUAGGAAUUGAAGAGCCCAGCUUUGGGUUGUUCUGGGGUCCCCCUUGGCAGUGCCAUUAGGCCUAUGGUUCCUUGCUCUGGCUCUCAGGGCUGCUUCUCCAAGGGUGAAGGCCAGACGCCCAAAGGCCCCCAUUUCCUCCCACAGGAUCCCUCUCAGGGCCAGAGUGCCUGGAUGCCUGUGUAACUAGCCUUGCGGCGUGGGGUGGAGGAGGGGCAGCCAACAGCUCCCCUGGUACACCAUUGCCUCUUAUGCCACCUCCUCUGCCUGACCCGACGGGGUAGCCCAGAGGGUGACACCUAGGCAUCCCUGACCUUUCACACUGUCCUUCUGUCUUCCUGGGUGGAUGCCUUGGUGUAAACUGAGGGCUGGGCAGUCUUCCAUCCCCAGUGAGGGGGUCUAACCCAGGGUCAGACCCCUUGGAGCCAGGGCAGAGGAUGCACGGGGUUCAGGCAGCCUCAGUUUGUUGUGCUCUCCCCUUCAAAGCACUUCAUGGACUUGCCGCUCCCUCUCCUUUACCACAGUACCCUGGAUGGGAAAGGGUCAAUGGCUUCAUUUGUGAAGGAGAAGCCACUUCAUCAGGAGUCAGACCUAGAGGCUGGGAGGGGGACACAUUCCUUCUCCCAGCUCUCCCACAAAAGAGGUCUUCACUUAGCCUGUGGCCAGGACCCUCACCUCCCUCACCCAGAUAUGUACAAUAAUUUAACACAGUUGCCUGAAAAAAACUUUUUGUAAAUCAUUAUAGUAAUAAUUAUGGACAAGG